AUGGAAUCUUGUUAUCGCAUUGAUAAUCUCAAGGGUGUCCAUCUCACCCGUCAUAAACAUAUCUUGACAAGUGUUGUAUCUCUAACAGCUCUUGCUGCACAUUACACUACUGUUCUCAUGGCUCAAGAGAAAGAGAAGGCAUUUUGGACUGAAUCAGAAGUAACUGCGCUGGUUGACUACCUUCAUGAACAUCGGUCAGAGCAUGCCGAAGGAGGCAACUUCAAGAUGGUAACAUUCAAUGGAGCAGCGAGGGAUAUCGCACCCAAGAAGACACAGGGCCCACAAAAGACUGGCAAAAUGUGCCAGACAAAGUGGACAUCAUUGAAACAGAUUUACAACGCUAUCGAUAAGUAUUGCAAGCAGUCUGGAAUCAAUCAGUGGCACCCUGAGUAUGGUGCGAACAUCCAGGGGGAAGCAGCAGCGGCAGUGUUUGAUGCAUAUGUCCAGCAAAAGUCCAAUUCUGCGAUGUGCCCUUUCCGAAACUCCAGAUGGGUCUAUCUUGAGCGGAUGCAGGAGAUUUUACCUGUGGGUGGCGCAUGA